UGUUGCACAUACGAAUUUGAAGUUGCAGAAUAAUUCCCGUGUCUCGACCUCACUAAUUUGAACAAAUUGAGUUAAGUGGCAGCAUGAAUGCUCACUCGUUAAAAACGUUUAUACGGCUAUAGCCACAACAUCGUGUGUAAUUAGCACUCCGAUGAGUUCGCUCUUACGUAUAAUAGAAAAUGUCGGUAAACAUUAAGAAGAUAAAAAACUUGCUAUCAUUGAAAACGUCCAAUUUAGUUAAUAGCGCGAAUGCGGCCGGCAAGCCUCAAAUUGGUUUUAAAAUCGCGUAUAAUGAAGACACCAAGGAGUUGAAAGUGAAAGUGAUAGGUGCCAGGCAUCUGCCACCCUUAUACGGAAAUGUUCGUCCCGAAGGGUACCUCGUGAAGGUCAGAGUCUUUCCCGCAAGAGAAAAAUUCGAAACGCAGCUGGUUAAGGACUCAUGGCCUACAUUCAAUGAGGACUUCACCUUUACGUUACCCACCGCUUCGCGUGGAAGCUUCGAGAGCUUUUUUACAGGAAAAUUCGUCGUACUUACAGUUUAUGCCCUGCUAAAUAGUCAGCAAAACACGGUGGGCUCAAAAUCGAAGAGAUCAUUAAAAAAAUUCUUUUCAUUUGGCGAAAAUGAGGAGGAGAAAAGGGAGAGGAGGAGAAGCAGUAAUCGGAUGUCAUUAACUAAUAGAAGAACUGUGGGUGCGGUUACCUACAAUUUGGAAUACAAGACGUUCACUUUGGAGCUAAAAAAUAACUUCUGCGGCACCCCGGAUAUUUGGCGAGAGAUACAAGAUAUUUCCAGUGGUUUAGAUGUCGAAUCCAGGGAGAGCAAGAAGGGCUCGGUCGAGGUUACUUUGGUUUACUCUAACAGUGAGGAUGGAAAUAAUGAUUUAUUUGAAAUAUCGUUGUCUAGAUUAAGAUGUAGCAUGAGCACAAUGACUGAACACGAGCAACUUAAAGGUUCUCUUUACAUUAAAAUGACAUCGACGAGACAGGAUGUGCUAAUUUCAAAAUGGAAGAGCGAUCCUUUCGAACCAACAAUUAGCUUAAAAAUAGAACCGCAAACAGCUGUUUUACAAACGUUUGUUAAAAAUAAUGAUUUGAAGGACGUGAAGAUAGUUAUUAAGUUGAAAUGCAAGAAUUUGGUCGGGAAGAAAACGUUGCUGGGAGAAUUUACCAUUGAUUACAAGACGAAGAUUUGGGCUCAGGUGAUUAAGGUACCUUGUAGUCCUAUUACUCGAAUGAUUAAUUUGGAGUAAGUAGCAAAUUAAACGAACAUUUGGUAGCUCUGGUAUGUUUCCUGCGCUUUCGUGAUAUGUGUAAUAGUCGUAUACUAAUUAUUAUCUACAUUUGUCAAGUUUUCGAAUAACUUAACUAUCUACUUUUUAGCUGAAUAUUCAUGCGAGUGUAAACAAUAUGUGCCAAUAAACAAUUUCCUUCA